AAUUAUGCAAGACGAUGCAUGUAUGUAUAAGCGUAAUUUUGUUUUGAUUUCCGGUAAUGUUUGAAAAGUGUUUAAGCCAGAGACAAAAUCAAAUGGUCCGUCAUUCAGUUCACCAUUUUGGGAAUGCCGUCUGCUAGGGUACCAUAGUUACACAUUCGUCCAUUGUUUACCUCACGCCAACAAGUUUCAUUUUCUGAAAAGUGAAAACAAUCCAAAGUCACCUUACCGUUGUUACAACAAAAUAUCUAUAUUUAUUUUAAUGAAUCGAAGGCGUUGCAACAAAUUUAAAUUCAGUGAAGGUGAACGAGUUCUUUGUUUCGAGCCAGAUGUAACUAAAGCUAGGGUGCUAUACGACGCGAAGGUUCUUGAGACACAAGUUAAAAAGGAUGCAAAAGGGAAAAAAUCUAUUGAAUACUUGAUACACUUUCAGGGAUGGAACUCCUCCUGGGAUCGUUAUGUUGCAGAGAGCUUCAUUCUUCAGGACAUUCAAGAGCAUAGGCUUCUGCAAAAAGAACUUGCUGAUGCUGCUCGUACAAUACUGAAGGAGAAUAGAAGAACAACAAAACAAAGAAUUGGAGCACUAAGGGGAGCCGAUCCCAAAUUUCGAACCGAUUCAGAGAGUUCGAGUGUAGAAGAAGGUGAUUCUGGGACUCGUAGCAGCUUCGAGGAAGACAGUCCCGAGUGUGAUAAUAAUUUGGAACCAGUCGGCUGUCAGGAUUCAGGGGCUAAUGAAAACGUAGUUGUCACAUUCACCGUUCCCGAUUCAAUCAAGCAGUUGUUGGAGGAAGAUGGUUUCAAAAUCAAAUCUCGUAAAAAGUGGGUUAAGCUGCCUUGUCAUGUAAGUGUUGCUACUAUCCUGGAUGGAUUCCUUCGACACUAUGCCACUACAGUCACCACCAAAAAUCCAGAAAAAUCUCGAGUGUCUCAACGGACAAAUAGUACCAGUAGUAACACGAGCUCCAAUGCUGGGGAUUUCGCCACUACUGCUACACAAUUAACCCUGUGCAAAGAGUUUCUUGAUGGUUUACGCGUAUCCUUCGAUUUCUUGGUCGGAACUCUUCUUUUAUACGCCGAAGAACGUCCGCAAUACGAACAGAUUAAGGCAAAGCAAGAUUCACGAAUUGAUACAGGACAAAAUAUCGACCACCCCCUUGCACACGACAGCUUCCAAUGGAGAGUGAUCCCCGAUUCCAACAAGAGCUUUUUAAAAUUUUUACCUUGUACAAUGUAUGGCGUUGUCCACCUUUGCCGACUCCUAGUGAAGUUGCCGGAAAUAAUCCAAAAAAUGCAUCUAAAUGAGGAGAAGCGCCGCAUUGUAACCAACUUUUCAGAACUGUUGCUUUUAUACAUCGACAAGAACCAAUCCCAUAUAUCCGAAUCCGACUAUGUUACUGCUGCGAAGUUGUCAUAAUUAUAUAUUGAGUUUUUCUGAAUAAAAUUUUUUGUUUGCGCUUUUA